GGGCAGGCUUUGACAUCAUGUUGUGGAGAGACCUGAGUGUAGCUGCCGUUCUGCUGCUGCUCUGUGUGCAACGUCUCCAUGGCUCUGCUCUUCCUGCUGUAUCCUCCUAUGAGUUUACAGCCUACAGGAUGCAACAGUACAACGUGGCACAACAUAAGCAUGGUUGCCGUGGAGCAAUUGUGGUGGCCGAGGCACGCUCGGUGGAUGAGCCGGUGCUCACCCGCCGCUGUGUCAUCAUGAAGGUGCUGGACUUCAGCACAGAGAAAUUCCUCGAGGCCCAGAGGCAAAAUGCGGCUGCUCUAUUGAUCCUGCUGCCUAAAAAUAUCUCCAGUAUCCCCCAUGACGCUGUACAGUCCUUCAUGGUGAGUGAGAGUGAGGUCUUGCUGAAGGAGACCCUCAUGCCUGUGUAUGUGGCGCCUGAGGAUGAACAGCUGCUUUAUAUGUAUGAGGAGGUCAAGCAAGCUGCAGCCACCCGGACCUCGUCUAUAUUCAUCAGAGUCCUGCGAAGUAUGGUCACAGCUACAGCUUUUCAGAUCCUAGUGAGCAACAAUGUCCCUAUUAAAGCCAUCACUGACAACGCCAUCACCACACUGGAGGGAGUGCUUCCUGGAAAAGGGGAGGAUGCACCCACUAUCGUCAUCACUGCCCAUUAUGAUUCCUAUGGGCUGGCACCGUGGCUGUCAUAUGGAGCAGACUCUAAUGCCAGUGGGGUCACCAUCUUGCUGGAGCUUGCACGCCUUUUCCAGAAGCUUUUUAGUAGCUCAAGCACCAGACCACUAUAUAAUUUGAUGUUCUCCUUAAGUGGAGCAGGAAAAUACAAUUUUCUUGGUACAAAGAGAUGGAUUGAAGAGAAUAUGGACCAUGCUGAGUCCAGCCUGCUCCAUGACAAUGUGGAAUUUGUUCUGUGUUUGGACACACUGGCAAACAGUGAUGAACUGUACAUGCACGUGUCCCGCCCUCCUAAACCGGACACUCCCAUGUACUCUUUCAUUCAACUGCUAGAGGAGGUGGUUUCCUCCAGAUUUCCAUGGGUGAAGGUGGGACUGGUCCAUAAGAAAAUCAAUCUUGUGGAGUCUGCAGUAGCCUGGGAGCAUGAGCGGUACAGCCUGCGCAGGAUACCAAGCUUCACGCUGUCUCACAUGGAAGACCCCAAAUCUCAGCUCCGUGGCUCCAUACUAGACACCAUGUCACAAGUGGACUUCAGGAAACUUAAGCGUAAUGGCAUCAUCAUAGCAGAAGCACUGGCCCGUUUUAUGUAUAAUCUCUCCGACAAGGGUUCACCUAAAGAUGUGCAGGUUUUCAAGGGCCAAAUGGACUUCCAGGACGGUCGCAUGUCCAGCCUGAUGUCCUUCUUGGCAUCAGUCCCUCGGGCUGCCCAGCUGCUGGAUAAGGAGCCCAGCCACAUCCUGCUGGUUAACUCACUGGAGCAUGAGUUCAAACGUUACCUGCAGCAAGUUCUGAGGCACACCUUCCGACAGGAUAGGAGGGACCCAGAUAUCACCUUCUUUGAUCAAAUGAGCCAACCAGUGGUGAUGUACAGAGUGAAGCCUGCAGCCUUUGAUCUCUUCCUUGGUGGCUGCAUUGCUGCUUAUUUGGGGAUUGUUUACUAUACCAUUCAGAAUUUUGGUUAUCUCUACACAAAGCUCAAAGCAGCAGUGAAAUCAAAGCACCAAUGA